GAGUCCCGCGCCACUCAUCCCAGUAGUGCCGGUGUGGGUGACAGUGGGUUCUCCUCGGACCCUGUCUCUAUGCUAAUGACUAACUAAUGAUAGCAGGAUCUUGGGCCACUAGCUGCAUUUUGGGAAACACUGCCCACGCCUGGGCGUGGAAGUUCUAUCUGCAGCACUCUGGAGGCUGAGGCAGGAGCUUCAGGAGAUCAAGCUGAAAAAUGAAUACCAGUAUGAAGCAGAAACAGGAAGCAGCCCAAGAAAAUGUGAAGAGUAGUCCUGUCCCAAGGAGAACACUGAAGAUGAUUCAGCCAUCUGCAGCUGGAUCUCUUGUUGGCAGAGAAAAUGAGCUGCUAAAAGGGUUGUCCAAAAGGAAGCUUUACAAUGACCAGUUGACAUCUAAGACUUCAAACUUGGAUCCAGAGCCUAGUGGAAAUAAUGACAUUGGAGAUGUCACCCAGGAAGCAUUUGAUCUUAUGAUUAAAGAAAACCCAUCUUCUCAGUAUUGGAAAGAAGUGGCAGAAAAACGGAGGAAAGCUCUCCAUGAAACACUUAAAGAAAACGAGAAACUUCAUAAAGAAAUUGAACAAAAGGACAAUGAAAUUGCCCACCUGAAAAAGGAGAAUAAGGAGUUGGCAGAAGUUGCAAAGCACGUGGAGUACAUGGCGGAGAUAAUUGAGAGGCUAAGUAAUGAACCUCUGGAUAACUUUGAAUCACCAAAUAGUCAUGAAUUUGACUCUGAAGAGGAAACUGUUGAGGACUCUGAAGUGGAAGACUCAGGAACUGGCACGUGUGCUGAAGAGACUAUGCGUUCCUCUACAGAUGCCAAGCCAUGUCCAUGAGGUGUGACAUACACUGCCAGUGUUGCCCUUUGGUAUAGCUCUUGGUAAAUGAACUAAAUGAUGCAAGUGCUGGAAUCCAGGUUUGAAUCCUGGGGCUAUAACUACAUUAAAGUACAGAUAGUAUGUAUUUUUAAUCUGAUGUUUUAUGUAAAUAGCAUUUUCAUUUUCUAAGUGUCAGAUGUGACUUAUGUAUAUUAAAUAAACGUCAAUUUCCUAUUGAA